AACGUCAAUCAUGUCUUCACUACUUGAAUCAAUGGGUCUUCGUCAAGAAGUUAUUCUCGUUGCCUUUGCGGCAGUGGGAUUAUGUCUCUUUGCUGUGUAUGAAUGGAUGCGCAAGGGAAAACCCGCCAUUAAAACGGACAUCGAAUGGAAGACUCCUUCACCAAAGCCUCUUGUCGAUUUCGACUUGGACGAAAAGAAGCCUGAGCUGUACCGGCCAUGUCGCCAUGGACCCAAUCACGUCACCAUGGGCAUUCGAAAGCUAGACUGGAACAAUUGGAUUGAGAUGGAUUCCAACUUUCUCUGGUACCACGAUCUCAAGGUUUCUGAGCUAGAGAAAGACAUUGAUGCGCAUGUUCAAUAUGUAGACAACGCUGUCACUAGAGAUGCCUGCUUCGAGGUUCUAGAGGAGCUGACUGCGUACUUGACUGCUCGGUACCCCAAGAUCUUUCAACUCAGCAAUGGCAUCCUUCGCAAUACAUUGACCAAGGAGGAAUUCAGCUACCCAGCCAAUACUCCCAAGGAAGCGAUGGCAACAGCAGCCAAACUGGUCCAAGACGAUCUCGUCAUCAUGGUUGAAGAAGACGACGGUCAAUAUCAUCUUGACGCCGGAGCUGUCUGUCUCCCUGGUUUCUGGCGAUUGAGCGAAAAGUUCAGAAUGUCUCUGGACACUCUACACAUCGAAGCCAAGGUCCCCCACUACCAGACAAAGCUUCAAAAGUCAAUGAACCGCUUCUUCAAGACGAUGCAGCCAGACAAGGCGGUUAUUCGAAACAAUUUCUUUAUUCAACUCGACGAUGGUCUUCACUGGUCUCACCGCAUGGGUGAUCAAGACAGCAACGAAGUAGCUUCCUGGGAAACGGCAAAUGACAAGGGUCUCACCAUCAACGACCUCUACUUCCGCUCUGAGAGACAGUCACUCCGACGACUUCCCCGGUCCAAGGCUCUCCUAUUUACGGUCCGUACAUACUUUGAGCCAAUCACUACGAUUGCACAAGAGCCCCAUGUUCCAGGGCGCCUGGCCGAAGCAAUUGAGAACUGGGACGAGGCUGCUUCAAAGUACAAGGGUAAACAUCACUGGGCGGAUAUUCUUUUGCCGUAUCUGCAUGAGCAGGAUGAGUUACAGAAGAAAUCGGGAGUUUUGGAAAAGAUCCCAGAGGGAAGCUUCCCGUACUAGACAGAAUAGGCAGAAACAUAAAUGAUGCUCCGAC